CAGCUCCAGGGUCUUUCGGCCGAAGGUUUAAACGGUGAUAUAUGGCCAUUGAGCGCCACCAUCAAUUGCCAGUGGAUUUGAGGAGACUUGGUCGGUUUAACGCCAAGAACUUUGAUAUCUCGACAACACCAACCAUCACCUGCAAUUGUUAACUCAACCUCAUCUCUCAAGACGCAACCUCAGUACACCUUGACUCUAGAAAAAUCACCAUCAAAUCAGUCACUCGAACACCACAAAAAUCACAAUGUCACGUCUACUAACCCGCCUCCCACGCACCAUACCCCCCACUGCUCCCCUCCAACUCACCCUGGGCAGCAGCAGGAUCACUGUUACAAGAGGUAUAGUCACCGACCUCGAGACAGGCGGCACCCGCAAAGCCAAGCAAACCGCCGGCAAAGGCUUCGUCUCCGUUGGCGGGCAACAGGAUCGUGGCAUGCCUACCUCUGACAAGGGUGAUGAACCAAUGCCUCCGAAGUAUUCCACUUCUACCGGCCACACAAUCCUCCCGUCCCUCAAACAAUCAGUUCAACAAACAAUGGAACACCCUGAGGAAUGGGAAGGGAUUCACGCUGAACAUAUUUGCGCUGUGGAGGAAGCCAACAGUGCUAACGCUGAGAAGUGGGAAGCCAGUCGAGCAGGACGGGAUGCAGAAAGGGACGUGACUGAAGCAUGGGGCAGUGAGAUGGCCAGUGACUCUCCGAGUACUAACGCGGGAAGAAGUUCUCGGACGAAGGGUAGUAGCAAACGAGCAGCAGCAGCGGAAGGUUCGUCUUCCAAAAAGCCAGCCCCCAAGAAAGAAUCCAGCAGCAGCAGCAGCAACACCACCAGCAGAAAAAAAUCUCAACCCAAAGAGGGAAGGAAAGCAGCAAGAGGCAAAGAAUCCACCACCGACUCUACAAACAGUCCCGACUACGCUUCCCCCAUGGACGCGCACCACACCCAACCCCUCCCGCACUCCACCAUGGACACAGCAACAGGCCAACAACCGGUUCCCCCACCCGAUUUCACCUCAGCAGCAGCAGCAGCAGCAGCAGCAGCAGCAGCAAAUACAAUAAGCGAGGACUCAAUCCCCCACUUGGCCCUGCACCCCAACCUCUCCCUCGGGACAACCCUUUCCUCCAUCUCCGGAAGCUUUACACUCGAACCACAGCCCCGUCCAGCUCCAACAGCCAUCAAACCGUUCGCGACAUCUUCGACUGCGUGGAUUUCUUGGACUUGUAUACAGUCUCCCCAGAACAAUAUCAAUGUUCGUGGUGCGUCGAGAUUCGCUCGGUCGCAUUAUUCGACUUCUAGUUCUAGUUCGGCUUCGGCUUCUACUUCGCCGAAUAUCACAAUGGCUACGGGAUUAUCUGGACAGCAACAAAAGCAGGAAAAGCCAAAGAAAAAAACGCAGGCGCAGUUAGAUGAGGAGGUGAGGAUGCGGAUGGAGGAGAGUGUGGCGGGGGAAGGGGGGGCGGCGGGGGUAGAGUAUGAGGAUGGGAAGGCGGUGGGUAUGAAGAGGGGGGUGAGGGAGAAUAUGUUUAGGUAUAUUUAGGUUCUGGUGGUGUUUCGUGUGUGAAUGGUUAGGGAGAGGUAUCGAUGUUGGUGUGGGGAGUUUUGUUGAGGGAUGCAAUUGAAUCACUCAAUGUGUGUGUGUGGUGGCUACGAUGUUGAAGUUGGGACAUCUCUACGUUUUCUAUUGAGGCGUUGGAAAGCUACAGUAUCAGACAUGGAUGGAAAGUUCAACCAAAUUGCGAUAAGGUCGUACACGAUCUCGGUCACAUCAUUUAUAUCAUAUCAACCACCAAAUGCUCAAGACAAGAUAUUCGACAUGUCUUAGUAGCGUACCUAGUAUUAAAAGUUUGUCGAAACCCUACUACUAGAGUGUGAUUAGAUCACCUCGAGUAUUUCUUCCUCUGUCUGUGGUUCGCACUUCCUGUAUGAUUGUGCAUUUUACAUAUCAAUUCAGACAUGAGCUUC